GUAAUAGAAGAAUUCCAGUCCUGUUCUCUGGGAUUUCUCCCUUCUCGAACAAAUUCUGGCUGAUUCUUCAUGUUUUGUAGGUUUAAUUAUAAGUUUUCUAAGAUCCUUUUGAAUCUUUUGUGUGGUAAAACGUUUCAAAUAGAUCAUGAUUGUAUUUAAACAAGGUCGUAGGUUCUAAACUUUCGAUUUUGUGUCUAAUAGAUAUAUCCGUGUUAACUCGUUAGUUGAUGAUUACAUCACGAAGACUUCAACCUACCCCAAAUCAAAUGUUUCAUAGGAUCUUUAUAUAAUCUAGCCAUCAUUCCUUUGAAACAUCGAUCUAAUGGGGUUAAUGAUAGGAACUUAUUAGGCACAAGAUCGAAGGUUCUUGGUACUAGAACCGAACAAACACAAGUUCAAGGAUCGAUCUCUUCUUUCUCGAUCAAACCAACUCAUUGGGAUUUACUUGUUAGCAUUAUUCUUAUUCUCAGGGAUGUUCCAAAGAGUUUUAGGUGUCAUUUUAAUUGGGUUGUCAGCCUGGGCAUUUUCAGCCAUUCGCCCUCCAGCUCCUAAAAUAUGUGGUUCAGUCGGUGGUCCGCCAAUAACUGGUCCAAGAAUAAAACUUAGAGAUGGAAGGCAUUUGGCUUACAAGGAACAUGGUGUCUCCAGAACAGCAGCCAAAUUCAAGAUCAUAUAUAUCCAUGGCUUUUCUAGUUGCAGACAUGAUGCAGCAGUUGCAAUUCAUCCUUCUCCUGGGUUCCUUGAAGAACUCGGAGUUUAUGUCGUCUCUCUCGACAGACCUGGAUACGGAGAAAGCGACCCGCAUCCAACGCGAACGGUAGAGAGUUUAGCAUUAGAUGUUGAAGAGCUUGGUGAUCAGCUAGGAUUGGGUCCUAAGUUUUAUGUAAUUGGCUUGUCAAUGGGUGGCCAAGCAGUUUGGGGUUGUCUCAAGUAUAUCCCUCACAGAUUGGCGGGAGCGUCUCUACUCGCUCCAGCUAUCAACUACUGGUGGCCUAGUUUUCCUGCAAACUUAUCAAAGGAAGGUUUGUCCAGCCAACUACCACAAGAUCAAUGGGCACUAAGGGUUGCUCAUCAUCUUCCAUGGCUAACUUAUUGGUGGAACACUCAGAAAUUCUUUCCUCAAGUGAGCAUUUUAGCCGGUAGGCCUGAGAUCCUUUCCAGUCAAGAUAUCGAAAUUAUUCGCAGUCGCGAAGGCUUGCCAGUGGACCAGAAAUACGUGAGACAACAAGGAGAAUUCGAAUCCUUGCACCGUGACCUGAUGGUCGGAUUUGGUAAAUGGGAGUUCGAUCCAAUGCUUCUUGAAAACAUAUUUCCUAAGAAUGAAGGAUCCGUCCAUCUAUGGCAAGGCGACGACGACAAGCUCGUGCCUGUUAAGCUACAACGUUACAUCACUCAAAAACUUCCUUGGAUUCACUACCAUGAGUUAUCUGGUGCAGGGCAUCUUUUUGUAUUCACAAGGAAAAUGAGUGAAGAAAUUGUAAGGUCAUUGCUUGAGCAAUGAAAUAAUGGCCUGCCUUUUCUUUGUAGCCUUGUGUCUUUCUUUCAGUUGCAUUUCUUUUUGGUUAAUGAAGAAAGCUUCAGUGGGUUAGAACAUUAAUAUAUAUUUUUAAUAAAAGUUUCAUUUUAGGGUA